AUGUUACCAUCGCCAAGAUCAACCAAGAACUCAUCAACAUUCCAUUCGCUGACGUCGAGCACUCCUGAAAGAUACCUUCUCUUCAGACCUCGGUCAACCCAACCAAUCCCUUACAACUCUCUUGAGAUGCUUGCAUCUGUAACAACUGCAAUUCUUGAUGUUGCCGCAUCCCGCCACCCGCAGCCUCAAAUCUCGUAUGCGACUCCGACCAACGAUAUCAUGCUCCUAACCGGCUUGGUCAAGCUAUUUACGAGGUCUAGACCUCUCACCUUGGCCAUAAAUAUUUUGAGAGAGAAAUUGGCUGCAAAAAUUUGCAACCAAUCUUCACAACCAACUCCUAUGAUAGUCACCCCUGACAAAAGAGUAAAGAUAACUGAAGCAAAUUUCCAGCGGUUCCUUGAAGAGAUCCCGGAUGAAACGUUAGACCUUCUUUACGAUGACCUUGUUCAAUUUUCAAACAUUAUCCUCAAUUUAAAAUUGACCAAGAGAUCAUGUAAAAGGUCUCAUCUGGAAAUAGACUCGGUCUCGGACACAGACUCCGACCAGGUAGUGUUCACUCCUCCUCCUCCUCCUCCUCCCACAAAGAGACCUAUUUUCAAACAGGCACCUACAGAAUGUAGGGUCACUGGGUGUAAUCAUUGUGGAUUGAAGAAUACUCCCGAAUGGAGAAGAGGGCCCGAUGGAUCUAAAACUUUGUGCAAUGCAUGUGGAUUAUUCUUCACGAAGUUAUCGAAAAGAAUGGGGAGAGAAGAAGCAGCACGUAUAAUGGCAAGUAGAAAGAGAUCGGGACAACUGUUAAACCGAACAGUUCCCAUCAGACAAAUAGUCCCGGUCAAAUCCAUGUCUGUUGGCUCAUCUACAACACAGUCACACUUAAAGACUAAUACUAAACGAAUGCUUGAAUAA